AUGCCGCUCGCGUCGUCCGCGCACCACUCCCCCGUCAGAGACGCCUCCCUCGUGAACACGACCGCGAUCAAGCGCUCGGAGCUGCACUCGAUAAGCAAGAGCGAGCUCAUGCACUGGCUGAACACCGCGCUGCGGGUGGACUACACGAGCGUCACGGAGCUCGGCGACGGGUGCGCGUACGCGCAGAUCAUCGACGCGGUGUUCCCCGACGUCGUGCCUCUGCACAAGGUGAAGUUCAACGCGUCGUUCCCGCAAGACAAGGAGCGCAACUUGAUCGUCGUUCGCGACGCGCUGAAGAAGAUCGGGUGCGAAGGUCCGAACGUCGACGUGAAGAAUCUCCUCGCGGGGAAGUACGCGGCGAACAAUGACUUCACGCGAUGGCUGUUCGCGGUCGUGAACCGCAACUGCCCGGGGGUCGAGUACAGCCCGAGACGGAUACGCGAGGACCGCGAGAGGGCGAGGCCGUCCACCGCGGGCGCGGCGUCGUCGUCGUCGCCGUCG